AUGCCUCCCAAGGCUGUCAAGGGCGAAUAUAUUGAAACCGACACGGGCAACAAGAUCUCGCGCCGCUCUCAAAUCCACGGAACACAGCACAUCAUUCUGGGCGGGAAAACAGUAAUCCAAGCGGAAGCCGUCAUCCGGGGUGACCUGUACCGUCUUCCGUCCUCUUCAUCUGGCGACCCAUCAACACCAACCCCAAGCUCCAACACCCCCUCCGUCGCAGUUACAGUCGGCCGAUACAGCUACAUCUCCAAGGGUGCCAUCCUCCGUCCGCCGAGCAGACUGCACCGCGGUGUGCACUCGUUCUACCCGCUCAAAAUAGGCGACCAUGUCUUUGUCGGCGAGCGCGCGGUUGUAGAAGCUGCUUCAUUGGGGAAUCAUGUGCAGAUUGGGGCGGGCGCUUCCGUGGGCAGUAUGGCCAUUAUCAAGGAUUUCGCGUGUGUGCUUGACGAUGCGGCGGUGCCGCCGGGGAUGGUUGUGCCUAGUUGGUGUGUUGUUGGCGGACGACCCGCUAGGAUUGUUGGGGAGGUGGGUGAGGGUUUUGGGGUUGAGGGUGCUGAGGGUGGGCUUGCGAGGGAGAGAUAUCGGGUGGUUGGGAGGUAA